CUAAAGGUCCAGAUACCAGGCCAUAAAUAAAAAAUAAUAAUAAUAUCAGUCAGAUAAAUGUCGAAGUAAGUCUGCUUUGCGUUCGUGAAUGUAGCCGAAAAUGACACAUUCCUGAUGCUAUAUCAGUAUAUCUACUGUGAUCAAACGAGCUAUGCUUGCUCAAGUAAUGUGAUGUGUGACUGGAUGGAUAUAGUGGUACUACGAAGUGGAAGGUAGUACACGAAGUAGCCUAAUACAAAUUUAAUGCGUUUUACGUUCCACACCAUGGUGUACCCAAGUUUUUGUUAGGUGUAUAAAUACCAAAAAAAAGAAACAAUAUUUUCAGUGUCAGCGAGACUUAUCAGUAAAAUCUGCGUUUUAGUGUGUGACGUAAAAGUUGUAGUAAAGCUUUGCUACGAGGAACUUUACUCUCAGAUAUAAUUGGAAUAACGGCUCUCUACAAUAAGGAAAAUAAAUACGACUAUGUUCGGACUCGUUUAGCAAACGACGUCCUCGGAGUUUUGGACCACCAACGGAGUUCGUGACACUGAUGAGCAGCGGUGGUGAAACCGCGGUGGUAGAAUGGACGACGCGGGCAGUAACAAGCAGCGGCAGGCCACUAGAGUCUUCAAGAAGAGCUCUCCAAAUGGAAAGAUCACAGUGUAUUUGGGAAAGAGGGAUUUCGUCGAUCACAUUUCACACGUAGACCCGAUCGAUGGGGUCGUACUAAUAGAUCCGGAAUACGUGAAAGAUAGAAAGGUUUUUGGUCAUGUCUUGGCCGCGUUCAGGUACGGACGGGAGGACUUGGACGUGCUCGGACUUACGUUCAGGAAGGAUCUGUAUUUAGCCGCCGAACAGAUAUUCCCGCCGACGAGCACGGUAAAGCGACCGCUGACCCGACUACAAGAACGCUUAGUCCGCAAACUGGGGCCAUCGGCUCACCCGUUCUACUUCGAGCUGCCUCCGCACUGUCCGGCCUCGGUGACCCUGCAGCCGGCUCCGGGAGACACCGGCAAGCCUUGCGGAGUGGACUAUGAGCUUAAAGCGUUCGUCGCCGAUUCCCAAGAUGACAAACCCCACAAAAGGAAUUCGGUUCGGUUAGCAAUCAGGAAGAUAAUGUACGCGCCGAGCAAGCAAGGCGAACAGCCUUCAGUCGAAGUCUCGAAAGAGUUCAUGAUGAGCCCUAACAAACUGUAUCUUGAGGCAUCUUUAGAUAAGGAGCUUUACUACCACGGCGAGAACAUAGCGGUGAAUGUGCACAUAGCGAACAACUCGAAUCGAUCUGUGAAGCGCAUCAAGGUGUCGGUGCGGCAGUUCGCCGACAUCUGCCUCUUCUCCACCGCCCAGUACAAGUGCACCGUUGCAGAGGCGGAGAGCGAGGAGGGUUGCCCCGUGGGACCUGGAUUCACGCUCAGCAAGGUGUUCACGCUGACGCCGCUGCUCGCCAACAAUAAGGACAAGUGGGGCUUGGCGCUUGAUGGACAACUCAAACACGAGGACACGAACCUGGCCUCCAGCACCCUUAUAGCUGAUCCGGCGCAACGAGAAAAUUUGGGUAUCAUAGUUCAAUACAAAGUUAAAGUGAAGCUGUGCUUGGGACCGCUCGGAGGUGAGCUGAGCGCCGAGCUGCCGUUCAUCCUGAUGCAUCCGAAGCCCGAGGAGGAGCCGCGCGCGCCCGACCAGCCCCACGCGACCCCCGACCACGACCUCAUCCAGCUCGACCCGCCUCCAGAUGAAAACGGCCAAGAACAAGAUGACGAUAUAAUAUUCGAAGACUUCGCUCGACUCCGACUGAAGGGCGCCGACGCAGACGCCUGAGGCACCCCCACCCCCUCCCCCCGCACCGCCGCGCCACCCUGACGCACACCGGACGCACCGCCCUGAUCACGCACGCUUAUCACGUAAACAGAACAGCGGUUCAUCGAAUCGUUUGUGAUAAAUAUCGAUAUAUCGCUUCCUCGAAAUGACGGUAAUCGAUUUUAACUCGAUAGAUUAAUGACGUGCAAUAACGCCCGCUUUUUACGAUUUUGGAGAUUUAUUUCGAUUCUCGUAUAAAACCCUCCUUGACAUUUCUGUUAA